CCACUCCAUUUCUUUUCAAAGAUGCACAAAAAAUAAUAAGGUGACGGGCGCAAAAGCUUCACCUGCUCCGAACGACUGUCCAAUAAGUCCCCAACUCAUCUACAUCCACCGUUUACCACCCAAAACCUCCGAUUCUCCACCGCCACAAUGAAUAUCUUCAGGUUUUGCGGCGAUAUGUGCCAUUUAUUCAGCAUCCUAGUCCUCCUUCUCAAAAUUUACGCCACCAAAUCAUGUUCAGGGAUCUCGCUGAAGACGCAGGAGCUGUACGUCGUCGUUUUUUUGGCGCGCUACUUGAAUCUAUUCACCGCCUUCAUUUCCGUGUAUAACACGGUGAUGAAGGUGGUGUUUAUUGGGAGUUCUGUGGCGAUUGUUUGUUGCAUGCGGUGGCAUCAUGCAGUAAAACGUUCGUACGAUCGCGAUCUCGAUACAUUUAAGUAUCAGUUUCUGGUGUUGGCCUGCUUCCUCUUGGCUUUAGUGCUUCAUGAGAAAUUUACCUUUUUGGAGAUAUGUUGGGCAUUUUCUAUCUAUUUGGAAGCUGUUGCUAUUCUCCCACAGUUGGUUCUGCUGCAACGAAGUGGAAAUGUUGACAAUUUGACCGGUCAAUAUGUUUUCUUUCUUGGGGCAUACCGUGCAUUGUAUAUUCUCAACUGGAUUUAUCGGUAUCUCACACAGCCCCAUUUCAAUGGAUGGAUAUCCUGUUUCUCCGGCUUAAUACAAACAGCUCUUUAUGCUGAUUUCUUCUACUAUUACUUCAUAAGUUGGAAAAGCAAUUCCAAGCUUCAAUUGCCAGCAUGAGCAUCACCUACCAGGCUUGGCGUUUACUUCUCAUUAAGUGAAGUUGUAAGGAUCAUGAAUGUUGAUGGUUUAGCAGUCAAGGCCAAAUGACUAAUUUUCUCCCAUAUGGUGUUUGAUCGUCUUAUUGAAAUAAUUUUCUUAAAUAGUAACCAAGUUUUAGUUUUGUUAUGCUGUGAAAAUGUUAAAAACAUAGUAAAGGACGAUACCACUCACUUGUCAUCAAGUUUCUUUAGUGUUUCGUUUUUAAACUUUGAUUUGUAACCACUCAAAACUUUUCA